CCUCUUCUCUCGCCGUCUCAUUCACGAAACCCAUUGCCUCACGCAACCAAACACGUCCCUCGCUUCAACCUACCCGCGUCGCCGGCAAAAUGAAGGCUCCGGCGGUGGCUUCUGGCCUCGGGAUCCGAUUGACGUUGUCGUGCCGCUGCUUCUUUGGGAACUGGAACCGUAUCUGCUAGUACAAAAUACAAACCCUAAGCAAAAGCGACUUUACUUAGCAUAGUUUUCAAGUUAUUCCAUGCUUCAUCUCGCUAGUCCCAGGCAGAUUGUGACUAUAAAAUAAUUCAAGAGACUUGCUCUGAUUUCAGCGUCUACAGUUUUGGCAGAACUUUAUUUAUUUAUUUCUUUCUCUUUUUUCUUUUUUUUUUUUAACUUUAUUUCUUCGUCCUCAAAAUUUUAAAAACGAGGGAGGAGAAUCGAGAAAGGUGAUUGUGCAGAGUUCAGAGGUUUAAUUACUUUACACAGUUCUGUUCUGUCUUCUCUUCUGAGUUUUCUGACUUGGAUUAAAAAUUAAGCUCAAGGAUCGGUAGUGGAAAAGACGAACCAGUGAUACUGAGAGCGUGAGAUUCCGUUCUGAGCCAUCAUCCACGAUGCCUUUUCCGAUGAAAAUUCAGCCUAUCGAUUCUCAGGUACCGUCCGAGGGGGUUCGGCUUGAGCUGGCAAAGCCGGUUGUUAAGUCGCGGCUGAAGCGGCUCCUCGAGCGGCAAUUCUCCGGCGUUCUGAGAAAUUCGGCGCCGGAGAAGCUCUCCGGUGGCGAGGAACAGCAUUUUUACAAGGAUGGCGUUGGCGUCCACGGUUCCGGCGAAUUCGAACCGAGCUCGGCGUGUCUGGCGAGAAUGGUGCAGAGUUUCAUCGAGGAGAGUCACGAGAAGAACUCCGCUUCGCACCGCAACCGCUGUAACUGCUUCAAUAGGAGCUACGACGAUAGCUCUGACGAAGACUCAAACUCGCUCAGCGACUCCAAUUAUUCCUCCGGCGAGGCGUGUGAAGCUCUCAAGGGCCUGGUAGCGUGUGCGAGCGUGCGGGAGAGGAAUUUGCUCGCGGACACUGCGAAGAUCGUUGAAAGGAACAAGAUCUGCAAGCGCAAGGACAAUUUCUGCAGAAAGCUUAUCACGGAAGGAUUAUUAUCCCUUGGAUACGAUGCUUCGAUUUGCAAAUCUCGCUGGGAGAAAUCCCCCUCUUGUCCCGCUGGGGAAUAUGAAUACAUAGAUGUAAGGACGGGGAAAGAGAGGUUUCUAAUUGACAUUGACUUUAGGUCAGAAUUCGAGAUUGCUCGGUCUACCAAAGCUUACAAAACGAUUCUCCAGAACCUUCCGUACAUAUUCGUUGGCACGUGCGAGCGAUUGCAGAGCAUCGUAGCCAUAGUCUCGGAGGCAGCGAAGCAGAGUCUGAAGAAGAAGGGAAUGCAUGUUCCGCCGUGGAGGAGAGCGGAAUAUGUGAAAGCCAAGUGGCUCUCUCCGUACACGCGAACUACUACUGCGCUCAUGAAAGAGGAGAAGAAGGAAGAAGAACUAACUCUUUCCAAGGAAAACUGUGUCGCCGCCGAGUCAGCGAGUUCCGGUGAAGACAACAAGGCGGUGAUAGAAUGGAAGCCGCCGGAGCUGAAGCCCAAGGCUUCGCUGCCUGGCGUUAAGGUCGUGACUGGUUUGACAGUGGUGUUUCAUGAUGACGAUAACCCAUAGAAUUUUGACUUUUUUUCGCCUUUUUUUUAUUAUUUUAAUUUGCUAAUGUGAGGGUUAAAACUUAAAAAUCUGUUAACUGUAACAGUUUGUGACUUCUAUAGCUCUAUCCCCUUCUGUUUUUUUCUUACAUACGGGAUGGAUUUUACUAAUAUCAAUUAAUAAAAUUCAUAUAUAGUAGUCAUACGGUGAAUUGUUCUAUGCUUGGUUCAAAUUGUCUAUUAUUGAAUUUAAUUAAAUUUCUUGGUUUGGA